AAAUUGUCAACAAUGUCAUAAAAGUUUGUAAAGAGAGGAAGUGAAUUUAUAAUUACUUUAUGCUUUUUAAAAUAAUUACUAUUUGUAAAGUAAUGAUUGGGUAAUAUUUUUAACAUCCUACAAGUCACUCUUUUUACAGCUGUGAAUUAUGCGCAGAAGAGGGCUCAAUUUGUUAUGAUAUUAGCUUAUUGUCUUGUGGAAAGUUGUUGAAGUUAUUUCCCCACUGGAAGACUACUGUUUUUAUUGAAAAAUGGACGGUGGGGACUGGAGAAAUAGUAUAAUAAAUCAACUGCACGUCAGGAACAGACGAGAGACCGCGGCGUUUCAAGAUAUAGUUGCAUUUCAAAGCCGCCUCUUUGACAAUGUAAAUACUCUGAAAAAUGAGAAUCUGCAACUCACCUUACAGAAUGAAAGGAUACGAUUCAGUGGAGCCGACAGCAUACAACCAGGUGGCAGCGGAGGAAGCAAUGAGAAGAUACAAGCGUUGGAACAAAAGAUCUUAGCUCAGCAAGAAGAGUUGACCUCUCUGCACAGACGCAGAGGGGAAAGCUCACAACAGAUCAUAAACCUUAAUGACAGAGUUCACGAGUUAGAGAAACAGGUCACAAUGAAGGAUGUGACAAUUUCAGAGAACGCCGCCCUGCUAGCGUCUCUCCGAGCCGAGAUACAGAUGUAUGAGACGAACAUGGCGGAGCUGCAGACUCUGAACCAGGUCAUCAGGGACGAGCACCAAGCACUGCAGAUAGCGUUUGCCGCACUAGAAGAGAAGCUUAGGAAAAUACAGGAUGAAAACCGGACGUUAGUGGAGCGAUUAAUAAAGUACAAGGCAAAAGAUGCAGACAAAAUGAAUGAAGAAAAUGAAAACUUUGUAAAGUCAAGCCCUACCGCGUUUCUGAUCAACACGUUGGGUAGAGUUAGUUUUGGAAAAAAGGGUGAGAAAGUCCGCAAAGAGUUGGAAGAAGCAUGCAGAGAAGGCGGCAGUAGAAGUAGCAGUGGGUCGGGGGGCAACGUGACUGUGGAUGACAUAGGACAGAAGAUUCUAGAAUCCAUCCCGUACUACGCCACGACGCUACCGACCAAAGUUGCUUUACGAUUUGUUGGAAAUAACUGUCACUUAAUAGAGGACGCCCAUGACGGUGAAGUAAAUGCUGUAAGAUGGAGUCCCACGGAUAGAAUAGUGGCGACGGGAGGUGCCGAUAGGAAGGUCAAACUGUGGGACGUGUCUAAAUUGGGCACAUGCGACUGCAAAGGCACGCUAGUGGGGUCGAACGCGGGCGUGAUGUCGGUGGACUUCGACUCGACGGGCGCGUACCUGGUGGCCGCCAGCAACGACUUCGCCAGCCGCGUGUGGACCGUGCAGGACCAGCGACUCAAGGUAGGAUAGUUAUAACAGUCGCUAGAUGGCGCUG